UCUUUUAAAGCAGCAAUGAGCAAAAACCGUUAAUGGGUCCCGCACUGACCGUUGGUGAUUUCACGUCUUAACAAAAAAAACAUGGCUUUCAAAAAAUCCCAAAACUCUCUGUUCUUCGUCUUCCUCUAGCCCUAACCCUAACCCUAAUUUGCAAUUCCCAUCUCUACAUCUUUUCUUUCACCAUCCUUCAUAUCUGGUCCUUCAAAUGUAUCGAAUUGAUCUACAAUAAUGUCAUGCGUAGCUUAUUGUUUUCUCUUGUAUAAUCCACUAGAUGCACAUGAUUAAUCGUAACCCAUAUGUUUUAUAUGAUUUGAUUAUUUUAUUUUUUUAUGAUUGAAUUGAUUUCUGGAUUUUGAGCGGUGGAUCGAUUUGAGGAGUGAUUUUUUUUUAUUGGGUGGUGAUAAUGUCAAGCAUCCGUGGUGGGGAUUUCAGUCAAAAGAUUGAUUAUGUAUUCAAAGUGGUUUUGAUUGGGGAUUCAGCGGUUGGGAAAUCUCAGCUGCUUGCACGUUUCUCCCGGAACCAAUUCAGUUUGGAUUCGAAAGCCACAAUUGGUGUUGAAUUCCAGACUAAAACACUUGUUAUUGAUAACAAAACUGUUAAAGCGCAAAUUUGGGAUACUGCUGGCCAAGAAAGGUAUAGGGCGGUGACUAGUGCAUACUACCGAGGAGCUGUAGGAGCGAUGUUAGUUUACGACAUGACCAAGCGUCAAUCGUUUGACAACAUGGCAAGGUGGCUAGAGGAAUUGAGGGGACACGCAGAUAAGAAUAUCAUUGUAAUGCUCAUUGGCAACAAGUGUGACUUGGGGAACCUAAGAGCAGUCCCAACGGAAGAUGCACAAGAGUUUGCUCAAAGAGAGAGCCUGUUCUUCAUGGAGACAUCAGCUCUAGAAUCGACCAAUGUGGAAACUGCAUUUUUGACAAUUCUAACAGAGAUAUACGGAAUAAUCAGAAAGAAAACCCUUUCUGCUAAUGAUGAGUCAGAUGCCAAUGGCAGUGCGGGUCUUCUUAAGGGAACCCGGAUUAUUGUUCCCAAUCAGGAGCAGGAAACCCAAAAGAAAGGCGGCUGCUGUGGCUGAUCAUCCUAAUUCUAAUACCUUUGUUUUUUCUUUUCUUCAUUUUGCC